AUGGUCGACUACAACACCGAGACCAUCACUCCCUUCCCGCCUCUCCCGACAGCCUGGGACGAGUAUUUCCCGAACAUUCGCAUCGGCUACCCCGCCCACCUCGCUCAGGCCGAGGAUGAGUCUCACAUCGAGCGCAGAGGUAAGACAAGCAUCCGCGUGCUCCGCGUGCAUUUAAGCCCGGCCCGAACCCCGCGCGUUACACAAUUUUCCGGACCACCGCUAACGCUCGCAGCUCUGACCUGCUCCUCUGGCGCGACUAGCCUGUACAAGUAUCCCGCGGCGCGUGAUGUCGUAAACGCAACCGAUCCCGUCAACUUUCAGUGGGACACCUCGUGCAAGGUCGGCAGCGUCGAGAAGAUUGACCUGUACCUGUACAUGCCGUCGGCUGAGAACGCCCUGCUGCAUGCCUGGUCGGGCAUCCCCUUCGCCGACGGCCAGUAUGCGGCGCAGCUCUCGCCGUACUGGUGGAACCUGACGAAGACGGCCGACCUCUACGUCAACAUCAUGAAGCACCAGGGCCAGGUCUGGGAGAACACCUGGUCCCGCGGACCGUCUUUCUCGGUCAUCUGGGAGCCUAGCAUGACCUCGACCCUGUCGCUGCCGACGGGCACGGGAGUCGUGCAGGCGGUCGACGGCAACGUCUCGGGCAAGAAGGUUUCGAAGGGUGUCAUCGCUGUCUCGGUCAUCAUCCCCAUCGUUGUCAUCGCCAUUGCCGGUGGUGUCGCGUACUGGUUCUUCCGCGUGCGCGAGAAGGAGAAGCUGAAGCGCUGGUCUCAGGCCCUGUCGCAGCAUUCGGCCAUGGAGUGGGAGAAGGGUGCGCUGCCGGGCGAGCGCCUCAGCGCGUACGGUCGCCCGUCGUCGAGCUACCAGCGCUCGCGCCCGAGCACUGGCUACGGCCGUCCCUCGACUGGCUACGGACGGCCAUCCUCGAGCGUCAUGCUGGACAACAUGGCCGGAGCGGGCGCUUACGGAAACGCCCGUUUCCCGGGGAACAGCACGGAGAACCUGGACGCGGACGGCAACAUUCGCUCCUCGGUCGUCAUGCCGGACGGCUACGUGCGCCAGUCGCGUAUCUCGUUCGCGGACCAGGCGCGGCCACGGCUGUCGUCGUCCAACGACGCCUCGCGCCCGCACAUCAGCAGCGGUCUGCACACUGCUGCCGUGUACAACUCUGGCUCGGCGAUUGACGACGAGGAGGUGUCCCCGACGCAGGUCGACGGGCCAUCCCCCUUCGGCGACUCGGAGAUGCUGACUGCGGGCCAGAACCACACGGGUCUCGUGGACCGCAAGCUCUCGCCAGCCUACAAGACGGCGGACCUGCCCGCCGUCCCUCCCGCGGCCGCGAUGCGCACGGACAGCGACGACCUCCGCAACAUGCCUGCGCUGCAGUACGCAACUUCCGCGGACGACUUCAGCGCGCCCCCGCCUCAGCUCGAGGACCCCUCGCGCUCGCUGUCGCCCGAUGCCAACUCCUCCGCCCACGGCCACAGCACAGUGCAGUACGGCCCGGACCAGAUGCUGGCCGUGUACGCGGCGCGCGGCAAGGCCUCGUCGCCGGAACCGAGCAACCCGCCCCCCGUGGCGAAGAGCGGCAUCCGCCGCCUCCUGACGCGCAAGGAGAGCGGGCGCGCCAGCGGGCGCGCGACCCCGACCGGCCGGCAGACGCCCAGCGGCCGUCAAACGCCCGCAGGCGACGCGCGUGGCGAGUCCCCCGAGCCCGUGUCUAUGCGCUCUUACGUGCACCUUAACAAUGGCACGGCGAGCAGCCAGGUCGUCGACGCGCUCCCGCCCCCGGGUCCCCCGGGAGCUGGACGGAGCCAGAGCCAGCAGGGACACGGAUCCCAGCUCGGCCACGAGUAA